AUGGUCGCAGCUAUGAGUCAGAACAGCAUGAAGGGUUUGCAAUUAUUUAUUGCAGACUUGCGAUCCUCACAACAAACCGAAGAUCACAAGCGAAGGAUCCAGUCUGAAAUCAUCAAUAUUCAACGCCAAUUCGGAUCCGGCAAUGCGCUUAACGGCUAUCAAAGGAAGAAAUACGUGGCCAAGCUUGCAUACAUCUACAUUACGACUAAUACUGCCAAGCUUAAUGAUCUUCUGUUUGGUCUGGAUCAAUGUUGUGAACUGAUGUCGUCUCAGGUUUACAGCGAAAAGUACAUUGCAUACAUGACGUUAGAGUUAUUAUACCACAAUGAAAGUGUCGCCACCCAAGUACGAGAUAGGUUGGUUCUUUCUUUAAAAAAAGACCUCGAAUCGAAUAAUACCGAUUAUGCGGCAUUGGCUCUAAAUUUCAUCGGCGUAGCGGCCAGAAAUGACGACAACUUGACUCACGAGCUCAGCGACGAGGUUUUCCAGAUUUUAAGGUCACCCACGUCACCGCAAAUAUUGAAGAAGAAAGCAUCACUAGCGUUUUUAACACUUCUGAAGAAUGACGUGACUAUUCUGACACAGGACUCCCGCAAAGAAAAGCUAUGGUUUCAGAGAAUAACCAGCCUUUUGGAUGACAGCGAAAACUAUAGGCUCAUGCUUGCAGUGUUACCUCUUGUCGAAUUUUUGGCAACGAAAGUUGAAUACAAAGCGUGUUUUCGGCUAGUCCCUCACCUCUCUCAAAUUCUAUACAGCUGCAUUGUUGUCGGAACCAAAGAUCCAUCUUCGUUCCCAGAAGAAGAAAGGUUUGCCGGACUACCAAAUCCUUGGAUUUUAACGAAACUUAUUUCAAUCCUCAACAUCAUCGUUGCCGCUCCAGGUCACUCCGAUAGCCAAUAUGACUUCUCGAGCAUUGAUCAGGCUACCUUAGGAAAACUUCGCUUGUGCGUGACUAGCAUGCUCGAACUGGGCCAUAAACCAGCUGCCGAUGCUCUCACACGUUCUGUUCGUAACACCAUUUUGUUUUCUCUGAUCAAUUUCGCUUCUAAGCUAGACCCCUCUGUGGCGGCAAUGACGAGUUCGAUAAAUGCGUUAUGUUUUCUAUUGGAUGCGCGAGAGACUAAUACUAGGUAUCUUGCUUUGGAUUCUUUGGUCAAACUUUGUUCAACCAGUGGAAGAAACGCUAGAGCGUCUGUGCGCUCAGAGCACAUGAAGCAACUUUUCCAGCUAAUGCGAACAGAGCGCGAUUCAUCAAUAUUUAAGAAAACUGUUGACCUACUGUACACCUUAACUGAUAGUGAAAAUGUUCAAUUGGUUGUGGACGAAUUGCUGCAGUAUGUUACCUCGGGAAAUCAGAUCGAUCAUCAUGUGCGUUCGGAUUUGGUGGUGAAAAUCGCCGUUCUCACUGAAAAGUUUGCGAACGAUUCUAAAUGGUAUGUCACAGUCUCGCUGAAGUUAUUAUCCUUAUCAAACGCUUUUUUUAACGACGACGACAUCUGGCAAAGACUUUGCCAAAUAGUCAUUAACAAUGAAACUUUACACAAGGUGACUUGUGAUCAACUCGUGAAAUAUAUCUGCGAUGAUCACGCAUCAGAGGCAAUUAUAAAGGCAGGUGCCUUCUUGCUUGGGGAAUUUGGUACCUGCGUCGAUGAAAGAUAUUCUAUCGGUGAUCUCUUCAACAUAUUCACCGAAAAAUACUUUGCUGCAUCAAACGCGUGCCGGGCCAUGAUUCUUUCCACAAUGGUCAAGCUAUAUCAACAUGAUCCUCAAAUCGAGUCGGCAGUAAUAAAGUUUUUUCAGCUUGAGCUCAAUUCCUUAGAUAUUGAGUUACAAACAAGGUCAUACGAGUAUCUCAAAAUGAUUCAGUUCGAAAAAGUUUCAGGGAAAAGUCUCGUACGCUUGAUAUUUGAACCAAUGGUUCCCUUCAAUAGCAAGAAAAAUCCUCUUCUGGGUCGUAUGGGCACACUUUCUCUAAGCUCGUUUGAUCUGCCAGGAGGUGCCCGGGAUGACCAUUCCAGCAAAGCGCCCUGUCCUCCUCCUAAGCGCAAAAUAGCUAAAUCUGUGCAGAGCGACUAUAACACGCAUAUUUUAUCACCAAAAUGGGACGAGGGCUUCAACAGAAUGCUCAAACACAAACAAGGAGUAUUUUAUACUUCACCGUUUUUGAAAAUUAUCUAUCGGAUCCGCCAAUCAAGGACCCAACCAGAGCUCAUUGAAGUCGAGCUCACGUACGUGAGUCAGUCGGAAUGGCCUAUAAAAUCUUUCUUAACAGAGUGGAUUUCCUGGAAAACUGACGAGAAUCCUCCUUAUGUCAUCAAAAAUAUCGAACUUCCAAGCACAACCUUGGCGGUAGGAUCUCGAUCAACUCACAAAUUUGAAGUUCUCGUUCGGCACCCAUUUUCACUUGAACAAAGUCCGUUGCUCGACCUUCAGUUCACUUGUGGAGGUAGCGUGUCAUCUAUCGUUUUAAAGCUUGGUGUUGCUCUAAGUAGUACAAUCAUCCCACCUCAGCUUAAUGGGAAGGAAACUAUUACUUUGGCACAGUUUGUGAAACGGUGGAGAUCCAUUAACGAGGCCCUUGGGAAAGAGGGUGAAUCACAAAGGGUUAUAAAGUUAAAAUCCGCUAAUCUCAGUGGUGGUGUUGUCAGUACGUUAGAGAAAAUGGGGAUACAGGUAAUCACGCAACACUCUGUAGAAAACAUGAUAUUUGGAGCUGCGAUCACCCACACGAAGAGUGUAGGCAAUUUCGGCUGUUUGAUGAAGAUAAGAUUAACCGAAGGAACGGCAGAAAUUACAUGCAAAAGCACAGGCGGUAGUAAAGUCAGUGAAUGCCUGUCGGAAUGCAUCCAGAGCGGCCUCGCUGUAUGA